AUGGCAUAUGAUAUUCAAAGCUCUUCGCAUGAUCAAACCCUAGAAUCGAGGAUAUCACCGAUCUUGAUGAAGAGACCUGAACGAGACUCGUCAAGAUUGAUCACUAGUAGUGCUGAUCAGACUGCUAAGCUCUGGGAUGUGCAAUCUGGUGAACAAUUGUUCACAUUCAAGUUUGGUUCUCCAGCCAGGUUCUAUGAGUGGAAAAAGGAAGGGUCAAAAAAGCAACCCUACUACAUCCAUUUCGAGGAUGGGAGGCCUCUCGUAUUUGCUGCUCUUUAUGAUUCUUGGCAGAACUCAGGAGGUGAGACACUUUACACCUUCACGAUCUUAACAACCAGUUCCUCUUCAGCCCUCCAUUGGCUCCAUGACAGAAUGCCAGUAAUUCUUGGUGACAAGGAUUCUGUGGACACAUGGUUAGAUGAUCCAUCGACGACGAAGCUGCAGCCAUUACUUUCACCAUAUGAAAAAUCGGAUUUGGUAUGGUAUCCAGUAACCGCUGCAAUUGGUAAACCAACGUUUGAUGGACCAGAGUGUAUUCAACAGAUGCCGCUUAAGGCUUCACAAAAUAGCUUGAUCUCGAAGUUUUUCUCAACAAAGCAGCCCAAAACAGACAAAGAAACCAAGUCGACAGAUAUCACAGCUGAUUUGAAAGAGGAACCUACGGUUGACAGCAUUAAGAAAAUGGAAGAAGUAGACGAGGAUAUAUCGAAUGAAGCCAGUAAUCUUGGUUUUCAAAAGAUUGUGAAAGUAGAACCAUUUGUUGAAGAUAAAUCAGCGGUUGUAAAGGAUGAAGUUGAGGAGGUUACGAAUGGAGAAGGGAAAUCCAUGAACACUGGUCUUACUAAAGAAACAGGUGAGAGCAAUGCCAGCUUACCGGCUGGAUCCUGCAACCUUGAUUUCCCAAUAAUCUCUAAAGAGGAACCCGAGACCCAAGACCAUCAUCGGUAUACUACACUUGAGGAAUUGAUUCAGCCGCAUGAGGCUGUUGAAGAUAAACCAGGAAACGAAAACCAGAAGACAGAUUUAACUUACCAGACCUCGAAGGAAGGUGGCUUAGAGUUUAGCGAGAAGUCUUCAGGAAAGACUGGGACAAAGCGAGACUACGAGGUGUUCUCAGCUCAAGAAAAGCCACUGAAACAUUGUGAGAGGUUGGAAGAUGUUAAAAGCAGUGGGAGAUCUGGAAGGAAGCAAGGAAAGGGAAAGUCUAACAUCAAGAAAUCUAAAGAGACGCAGUCUACACUACACUUCUUUUUCAAUGAGAAAUAGUUGGUCUCUAGGACACAUCCAUCUAUGAGGAUUAAUGUGGGGCUAGUUUGGUUGUAGAUAACGUUAGAUAUGUAUCGUCGUUUUGGGGAAUGUUGCUUGUAUAUACUGUAUGUUGUAUUUGAUCUUUGAUCUAAGCUAACAGUAAUAGGUUCUUGAUAACAAAA